CAAUUAAUAUUGAGUAGAAUACGCUGUAACUUUAGUGUCAUUAUAUUGUUUUUGUCAGUACAUUGCUAACAUUAUUCAAACAGAUAAUGUGCUGUAAACUGUUCGGUAAUGAUUUAGUUAUCCUCAUGCUAUGAACGAUUGCUGUCGCGAGUGAUGUUAUAAAUAUAUGAACUUUGCUGAACUAAUCACGGAGUACUUGGGAGAACUUUUCACCAUGCUGAGGAGGAGGACUUCGAAACGCUUCGUCCUUGGUGACACUACUUCUGACGAAGGGAAGUGGGAUGAAGAAGCCACCGACGUUAUGCCAAGUGACUUGCUGCAGAAGUUUCAGAUGACCUUGCAAGCAGAUCCGGACUCUAAAGAAGAUGAUACGAAUCGUAUAGUGGAUGAACAAUUACUCAAGCUGCCUGUUAGCACACUAACGCCAUCUAUGUCCCAGGGUACAGUGAUUCACAGCCAACGAUUUCAAGAGAAAGAUUUUACCGUUGCAACUCCUGAGGAGUUCGUUCUGAGGUUUCAAGGCACCAAGGCUAUUAAUAAAAUUCUGAUCGCAAACAACGGUAUCGGUGCAGUAAAAUGUAUGCGUUCGAUACGAAGAUGGUCAUACGAGAUGUUCAAGAACGAGAGGGCAAUUCGAUUUGUUGUUAUGGUGACUCCGGAGGACUUGAAAGCGAAUGCGGAGUACAUAAAGAUGGCAGACCAGUGCGUGCCGGUACCUGGCGGGUCGAAUAACCAUAACUACGCGAAUGUCGAGCUGAUAGUAGACAUCGCGAAACAGACUGAAGUCCAGGCUGUUUGGGCCGGUUGGGGACAUGCAUCUGAAAAUCCCAAACUUCCAGAACGGCUUCACAAAGCUGGGGUGGUCUUCAUCGGGCCUCCGGACAAGGCUAUGUGGGCUCUAGGUGAUAAGAUUGCCUCGUCGAUCGUUGCACAAACUGCUGAUAUACCCACACUACCCUGGAGUGGAAGUGACUUAAAAGCCGCAUACGACACAAAAAGGAUUAAAAUAUCUACAGAGUUGUUUGUUAAGGGAUGUGUUUCCUCGCCGGAGCAAGGAUUGCAAGCUGCCCACAAAAUUGGUUUUCCUGUGAUGAUAAAAGCUUCAGAAGGAGGCGGCGGUAAGGGUAUUCGGAAAGUGGAGCACCCAGAUGAUUUCAGCAGUAUGUUCCGGCAGGUUCAAUCGGAAGUGCCUGGUUCACCAAUAUUCGUGAUGAAGCUGGCCAAAUCUGCUCGGCAUUUGGAAGUGCAGCUGCUCGCCGAUCAGUACGGCAACGCUAUAUCGCUGUUUGGUAGGGACUGCUCGAUACAGCGCAGACACCAGAAGAUCAUAGAAGAGGCUCCAGCAGCUGUUGCCAAGCCCGAUGUCUUCAUUGAGAUGGAGAAGGCAGCGGUGCGCCUCGCUAAAAUGGUCGGAUACGUAAGCGCCGGUACCGUGGAGUAUCUCUACGAUCCGUCGACUGGCUCCUACUACUUUCUGGAGCUCAACCCUCGGCUGCAAGUAGAGCAUCCGUGCACAGAGAUGGUCGCAGACGUCAACCUUCCCGCUGCACAGCUUCAGAUCGCUAUGGGUCUUCCCCUAUACCACAUAAAGGACAUACGUCUGUUAUACGGGGAGUCUCCGUGGGGCUUGUCGAAGAUUAACUUCGACGAGCCCAAGCAGCGGCCGUCACCGUGGGGCCAUGUCAUCGCUGCCAGGAUCACCUCCGAGAACCCUGAUGAAGGGUUCAAGCCAUCGUCGGGAACAGUCCAGGAGCUCAACUUCAGGUCAUCCAAACACGUGUGGGGUUACUUCAGUGUCGCCGCUUCCGGGGGACUACACGAGUUCGCAGAUUCGCAGUUUGGUCACUGCUUCUCUUGGGGAGAGACCAGAGAACAGGCAAGAGAAAACCUGGUGAUAGCCCUCAAGGAGUUGAGCAUCCGGGGUGACUUCCGCACCACCGUGGAGUACCUGAUCACACUUCUGGAGACGCCAGCCUUCCAGGAUAAUAACAUCGACACGGCUUGGUUGGAUGCGCUCAUUGCUGAGAGGGUACAAACGGAAAAGCCAAAUGUGAUGCUGGGCGUCAUCUGCGGCUCAAUCCUCAUUGCAGAUAACAUCAUCACCACACAUCUGCAGGAGUUCAAGAAUGCUUUAGAAAAAGGUCAAAUCCAGAGUUCGAGUCAGCUGUCGAACUCGGUGGAAGUCGAGCUGAUCAACAACGGCCACAAGUACAAAGUGUCCGCCACCAAAUCUGGCACCACGUCCUUCUUCCUCGCGAUGAAUGGCGGCUUCAAGGAGCUGGAAGUGCAUAAGCUGACUGAUGGAGGUACACUUCUGUCUGUGGACGGCGCGUCCUACACGUCAUAUCUUCGGGAAGAAGUAGACAAGUAUCGAAUCGUGAUCGGUAACCAGACUGUUAUCUUCGAGAAGGAGAAAGACCCGUCGAAACUUAGAGCGCCAUCUGCCGGAAAAUUGAUCAACUGUUUGGUCGAAGAUGGUGGACACGUUGAUAAGGGGCAGCCGUAUGCCGAAAUUGAGGUAAUGAAAAUGGUGAUGACACUGUCGGCACCAGAGUCCGGCAACGUCACCUGGUGCCUUCGAUCUGGUGCAGUCUUAGACCAGGGAUCGCUUAUGGCUACGUUGGAACUGGAUGACCCAUCGCUGGUGACCACAGCGCAGCCCUACAAAGGCCAGUUCCAGCUGAGCGAUAACACGCCCGUUUCGGAGAAACUGAACCACGCACACAACAAAUACAGGAGUAUACUAGAGAAUACGUUGGCGGGUUACUGCCUCCCGGAGCCAUACAACACACCGAGACUUCGUGAGGUUGUGGAAAAGUUCAUGCAGAGCUUGAGGGAUCCCUCUUUACCUUUAUUGGAGCUUCAGGAGGUAUUAUCGUCGACUUCAGGCCGCAUCCCACUGUCUGUCGAGAAGAAAGUCCGCAAACUUAUGGCUCUCUACGAGAGGAAUAUCACAAGCGUUCUAGCUCAAUUCCCUAGCCAGCAGAUAGCCAGCGUCAUAGAUCUACACGCGGCGUCUCUGUCGAAGCGUGCGGACCGCGACGUUUUCUUCAUGAGCACGCAGGCUUUGGUUGUCCUGGUGCAAAGAUACAGGAACGGAAUCCGUGGUCGCAUGAAGGCAGCUGUACAUGACCUUUUGAAGCAGUACUACCAGGUCGAGAGCAACUUCCAAUUGGGUUCGUACGACAAAUGCGUGAUGGCGCUUCGAGACAAAUACAAAGAUGACAUGCAGGCAGUGGCCAAUUAUAUAUUUUCUCACAACCAGGUCACUAAGAAGAAUCUAUUGGUGACAAUGCUGAUAGACCACCUGUGGGCCUACGAGCCAGGUCUCACAGACGAACUGGCUACCACUCUCAACGAGCUGACGUCACUGCACCGCGGCGAGCAUAGUAAAGUUGCGCUCAGAGCGAGACAGGUGUUAAUAGCAGCUCAUCAGCCAGCGUACGAGCUCCGCCACAACCAGAUGGAGUCAAUAUUCCUCUCGGCUGUCGACAUGUACGGCCACGACUUCCAUCCGGAGAACCUGCAGAAGCUGAUCCUCUCGGAGACCUCCAUCUUCGAUAUCCUGCACGCUUUCUUCUAUCACACCAGCGCUGCGGUGUGUAACGCAGCGUUGGAGGUGUACGUCAGGCGUGCAUACACGUCGUAUGAAAUUACGUGUUUGCAACACCUGGCACUCUCCGGGGAGCUGGGUGUGGUGCACUUCCAGUUUGUACUGCCCACUGGACAUCCUAACAGAAUACCUAUAAGCCAGUCGGAGAUCGAGUUGUCUUCGAGCCAAGACCAAGAAGGAGUUCCGGGAGAGUUGUCCACGGCUGCAAUGCGCAAGUGCUACCACCGCACUGGCGCUUUUGCCGCCUUUAACAACUUCGAACACUUUGUGGAGUACGCGGAUGAGAUGCUGGACCUGGUGCAUGACUUCGCGAGCAACGCAUCCGUCAGGCGAGAGGAUCUUCAAGCACUGCAGGAUGGCUGUAGCGAGAGUCGGGACAGCACGAGCAUCAACGUCGGGAUGGACUACAAGCAAAUCGUUGAGGAUGAAGUGCCGCUGGAACCCAUUCAUAUCCUGAUGAUCGGUAUCCGCGACACAGGCGAGUCAGAAGACGCCACAGUUUCCCGCCGCUUCGGUCAUUACUGCCGCGCGCACGCCCGUGAACUUCACCAUAAGAGGAUCAGGAGGAUCACAUUCAUGUUGCUAAUCAAACGCCAAUUCCCCAAGUUCUUCACGUAUCGAGCCAGAAACGAUUUCAAAGAGGACACCAUCUACCGCCAUCUGGAGCCGGCGUCUGCGUUCCAGCUGGAGCUGUACCGCAUGAGGAGCUAUGACCUGGAAGCGCUGUCCACCAGCAACCAAAAGAUGCACCUGUACCUUGGCAAAGCUAAGGUGAAGAAAGGCCAAGAGGUGACAGAUUUCCGAUUCUUCAUCCGAUCAAUCAUCAGACACCAAGACCUCAUUACCAAGGAGGCCAGCUUUGAAUAUCUACAAAAUGAAGGGGAGAGAGUUCUCUUAGAAGCCAUGGAUGAACUGGAGGUUGCGUACCGUUCUCACCCGCUCGCCAAGAGGACAGAUUGUAACCAUAUAUUCCUCAACUUUGGACCCACUAUACUCAUUGAUCCAGCUAAGAUAGAAGAAUCCGUUUACACCAUGGUGAUGCGGUACGGGCCCCGGCUGUGGAAGCUCAGGGUCUUGCAGGCGGAGAUCAGGUUCACACUGAGAGUUGGUCCCGGGUUCCCGACCAAGACUAUCAGACUGUGUCUGUCCAACGGCUCCGGGUAUACGCUGGAUAUAUACACGUACGAGGAGGUGUACAACCCUAAGAGCGGCGUGAUAAUAUUCCAAUCGUACGGCGCUAAGCAAGGUCCUAUGCACGGUUUGCCGAUAUCGACGCCUUACGUCACCAAAGAUUACUUGCAGCAGAAGAGAUUCUUGGCAACUUCACAAGGAACAACAUACGUGUACGAUAUACCUGACAUGUUCAGGCAGGUUGUGGAGAAGAGAUGGAGGGACUGCAUCGCGGAGGGGACUGUCGAUGGUCCGGCACCUGACAACGUGAUGAGUCAAGUGGAGCUGGUGAUAGAGCACGACGGUGAACGACGUCUCAUCGAGGUUACACGACUGCCGGGACAGAAUAAUGUGGGUAUGGUCGCAUGGCGUCUCACUCUGUUCACGCCGGAGUACCCCGAGGGUAGAGAUAUAGUGCUGAUUGCCAACGACCUCACGUACUACAUGGGCUCGUUUGGACCACAAGAGGACUGGGUCUUCUUCCGAGCCUCGGAGUAUGCGAGAGAACUUAAGAUACCAAGGAUAUACGUGAGCGUCAAUUCUGGUGCGCGUAUCGGAGUAGCUGAGGAAGUGAAGUCCGAAUUCAAGGUGGCCUGGAUCGACGCUGAACGCCCCGACAGAGGCUUCAAGUACCUCUACCUCAGCCCCGAGGCCUACUCCCGACUGGGACCCUUGGGCUCGGUGAAGACUCAACUCAUAGAUGACGAAGGCGAGGCCAGAUACAAGAUCACCGAUAUCAUUGGCAAGGAAGAUGGAAUCGGCGUGGAGUGUCUGCGCGACGCGGGGCUCAUUGCGGGCGAGACCGCGCAGGCCUACGAGGACAUCGUCACCAUCUCCGUGGUCACGUGCCGCGCCAUCGGCAUCGGAUCCUACGUAGUCCGGCUAGGUCACCGCGUGAUCCAAGUGGAGUCGUCGUACAUCAUCCUGACGGGCUACAUGGCUCUCAACAAGGUGUUGGGCAAGCCGGUAUACGCCAGUAAUAACCAGUUGGGCGGUGUGCAGAUCAUGCAUAACAACGGUGUGUCGCACGCCAUCGCACCCACAGACCUCGACGCUAUUAGAACCACGGUGCUCUGGCUGUCCUACGUGCCGAAGGAUAAAAACAGCAUAGUACCAAUUAUGCGCAGCGCAGACCCCAUCGACCGACCGGUGGAGUGGGUGCCGCCACGAGCGGCACACGACCCUCGCCUCAUGCUGACAGGAGAUGGAGUCAGGGCAGGCUUCUUCGACCACGGGUCCUUCCACGAGAUCAUGAAACCCUGGGCGCAAACGGUCAUCGCCGGGCGCGCUCGACUGGGUGGUAUACCUGUGGGAGUGAUCGCAGUUGAGACGCGGACAGUAGAGUUCACACUUCCUGCAGAUCCCGCCAAUCUGGACUCCGAGUCGAAGACCCUGCAGCAAGCUGGACAGGUCUGGUUCCCGGACUCGGCGUACAAAACUUCGGAAGCUAUCAACGAUUUCUCGCGUGAAGGUCUGCCCAUCAUCAUCUUCGCGAACUGGCGCGGCUUCAGCGGUGGACAGAAAGAUAUGUACGAGCAGAUACUGAAGUUCGGCGCGGAGAUCGUCCGCGCCCUGCGUCACGCGAGCGCGCCGGUGUUCGUGUACAUUCCGCCCGGCGCCGAGUUGCGGGGCGGGGCCUGGGCCGUGGUGGACCCCAGUGUCAACUCGCUGCGGAUGGAGAUGUACGCCGACAACGACGCCAGGGGAGGUGUACUGGAAGCGGAGGGUAUUGUUGAGGUGAAGUUCAAGUCCAGAGACGCAGUCAAGGCGAUGCACCGACUAGACCCUGAGCUCCUAAGGUUGGGCGCCAGAAUAUCUGAAUUAAAUGAACAAAUCAAGGAUAUAUCGAAGAACCUUGAUAGAAGAGGAUCUAUUGAUGAGGUGCUUAUUACGACUGAUGUUGGCAAACAAGCCGAAAGCAAAAUUAGAGAUUUGGAGAGCGAACUGGCGACCGCCGAGAAGUCCGCCAAAGCGAGAGAGAAGGAACUUGCACCUGUCUACCACCAGAUCGCAGUCCAAUUUGCGGAGCUUCACGACACAGCAGAGCGGAUGUUGGAGAAGGGCUGCAUAUUUGACAUCGUGCCGUGGAAGCAAUCGAGGAAGAUCCUGUACUGGAGACUGCGUCGGGUGCUCCGGCAGAACGAGCAGGAGAAGAGAGUGAAGCUGGCUACCGGGCCGGAUAUAGACCAGCGGGCUGCGGCAGCGACGCUGAGGAGGUGGUUCACCGAGGACUUGGGAGAGACUCAGUCGCACGUUUGGGAGCACGAUAACGAGUCGGUGUGCCGGUGGCUUGAGGAGCAGGUCCUGGACCCUGAGUCAGUGCUGGAGAGGAACCUGCGCGCUAUCAAGCAGGACUCUGUGAUGCUCGCCGUUAACGAAUUAGUCAUGGAAUUAACACCAUCCCAAAGAGCCGAGUUCAUAAGAAAAUUAUCAGCACUAGAAAUUGAACAAGAUUUAAAAUAAUUAAAUUAGACAAUAUUAUAUUUAUAUAUUAUUAUAAUACUGGUCUGAUAUACCAUGCAGUUUAAUUAAAAUCAUCGAAUAUUUUACGUUUUAGGCUUAAGGAAACAUCUUAAUUGUUAUAAAAGUGACUAACGGUAUUCCUCAAGCGAGUAAUACUAUUCAAAGCAUACAUUUUUAUAAACGAUUAGAUGCAAUUUGUGUGAACCUCAAGCCUUUUUUAAAGGCAAAAUAAUGUUUAUUAAAACUAACAUUCCAUGUGUCAAUAGAAUCUCGUUGAUUUUAAUUUUUAACUGCAAAUAUGUUUUCUGUGAGUGUAUCAUUUGUGGAUGUGAUUUUAUACGUUUAUUACAAAUAAGAAUGUUGUUGCAAUAAUAUUAUACAGGAUGUUGCUACAAUACCGAUAGUAAAUGAACACACGGCUAGAGUUACUUUGCCGUAAUAAAAAAAAAGUGUAGCGUUUUGUAUUGUAAUGGGCAGGGCGUAUCAAUUACCAUCAGCUGAACGUCCUGCUCGUGUCGUCCCUUAUUUUCAUAAAAAAAUGUUCGCACGUAAGUAGUUACUCCUGUAAUAAGGAAUGUAUAUAAAUACAACCAAUGAAAAUAUUAUUAUACAGCAUAAUUUUGUUAAAUAUCGUGUUAUUGAAUAUCAUUAAAUUAUUUUUAUACUAUUAGAGAUUUUUUUUAAACUUGUAUAUUAAUAGAAAUUAAUUUAAUUCUCGUCCAUUGGUUGUGGUUCAGUAGACAUAAAUGAGUAACAACAGGCUUGGUAGCUGAAGUACAAAUGGUCUAGUUGACCAGCUAACGACAGGUGUUGAAUUUACGUGACGGUGUGCGCGCGCGUAAAAAUUCACUCUGAUAAUGUUUCCCUAACGUGCCAAAAGAAGUAAAACAUUAAAAAUUUGUAAUUCACCUAAAUUAAUAAAUUAUAUAAAAUAUCAUUUUGGAACUGCCUGUAAGUAAUCUAGUAGCCGUGCGCUAGCCUAGGUACUGACAACUACUUUGUGCCAACUUGUCCCACGCCUGGCCGUAGCCGCUCACAACAUGUAGGUACCUGAAAAUUGUCCACGUAAAGUUGAUUAAAAUUUUGUUUACUAAAUCUAUAAUUUAUUUAAAAAUAUAAAAAAUUCAAUUAUUUACUUUAAUUUUUUCUUAUUAUGGUUAAGAAGCUCUAUCUAUAAGUGUGUUCAUGUGAUGGGGCCAUUGUAGCCACACGCUGUAUAUAUAAUAGCGUAGGAUAGAAAAAAAAUAGUUUAGUUAAUCCUCAUUCGUUCAAUCAUCCGAAAAUAAUUAUAUUUUGCUUUUCCUAUUCGGAAUAUUACUGACGUCCUCAUUAAAUGCUACGAAGACGGACGAGUAUAAAAAGAAGGACUCCGUGUCACCUUACAUAACAGUGAGGCACCAAAACAAGCCGGUAAACGUGUAAAUACAUAGCCCCACGCAUACACUUACACUAAUACAAGCCGAUCGGCCGCCAUUAUGAGAUUUGCCAUCGUCUGUGACAGAUCAGUUUGUGUCGCAGUAAAAUGUUUUAAAAAUGCCGUCGUGCGUUGUGAAAAAGUUUAAAAACAAUACUAUAAAAGUAUUUGUGGAUAUAUGAUUAUUUAAGAGAGAUACAAUUGUGUAACUGGUUUACCCCGUAACCGCACACACACUAGCAAAAAUGUGCUUCACUUGCUAAUAUCACGGCGCGGAGUCCUUCUUUUUUUACUAGUCCGUGGCUACGAAUAAGAUUAUAACCAUCCAUUCCUAUGCCACCGUCCUCGGUUUUCGCAAUGUAACAAAAGUCACCAACACUCUUCUUUUGCAAUCAUAUUAUUAUUCUUCUGGGACAUAAUUAAAUCAGUAUAGAGCAUGACUAGAGACACUAUUGAUACUCAAGGACUUGGUAAUAGGCGAUCAUAGAUGAAGAAUAAUACAACAUUUAUAAUUGAUAUAAAUUGACUUCAUAUAAACUCGGCGGGAGGCGCACCCCAUAAUGCAACAGGAACUGUCGCUACCUGGUAAAAAAUAAAUACCACAAUGGAUUAACUGUAAAAAUUUGGGCUAUUGGGGUUAUUUUAAUAUAUUUUUCACAAAACAAUGUGUGAAUAAAGUAUUUAUCUGUUAAUGUAACAUAUUUUCUUUCAAAUUAAUUCACAGCAUAAGAAACAGCGCUUUUUGCAUAUGGCUUACAAAUAAACGAUAAUUAGACUCUAAAUAUAAGUAAAACGAUAGCAAUAUCAAAUAAAAAUAACAUAUUAUUUCUUAUAAUUGUUACAAGUAUUAAUAUGGGUUGUUUUGUUAAAAAUAAUAACUCGGGGGCAUACUGUCCAGUAUCCGCUUAUUGGCGGAUGCAAAAUGGCGGUUGAUUACAAAAUGGCGGACCAUCGUACGUUCCUCGAAAGGUACCUAAAGCGGCGCAGCACAAUUUUAAGCAGAAAAACAAUGUAAGAACUAUGUGGUAAAUUUUACCCGGUAUCGCCUCCUGCCGAGUUAAACAUAAUUGAAAGUUAAGUAAUUAAUUACGCAACGCAUUGCUUUUCUUACACUUACCAAUCGAAAACGUUAAGCAAUACUUAAAAUAUAUAUUCUUUUCUUUGUAAUAAUCCCAGAAUUCCCGCAAUAAUCCUGUACCCUAUCGGCCUUACAAAUAAACUUGGGAUAAAGUUACAUUUUGCCAAUGGGUUUAUACGGACGUAUAACAUUUCUCGCGUUUAUUUGCAGGGCUGCCUGACAUUCGGAAAACUUCAGAAUUAUCAUUGUAUUAACAUGUUGUCAGCGAUAUAAGCCAAAAUUUUGCAUAUUUAUUGUUUAUUUCUCAGGUAUAAUUUUAUGCUAAGAUUAUCUGUAAGGUCAUAUAGGUGUAAGGGCAAGAACAAUUUAAUCAUAUGAAAAUCCUUUGCAGCCAUCCUUGCAAUUUUCGUAGUGAUCCAAUCUAUCAAAGACUAUCCUGCGACAUUUUAAAUUAAGCAUUAUUAAAAUAAAUAAUUGAUGUGUCAUAACAAAACUAAUUUCACCUUGCCUAGUUAUCAUAUUUGUUUCUUUGUUUAUUAGAUAAUGUCUCAAAGAACAAUGAACCUUAUGCGUUUUGUAAUAUAGUGCGAUACUGUGUGAUACGUACAUUGACGUAGCAUUAACAACUAGACUCACAAUCACGCUCUAAAAUUGUCUGAACCAAAACUCUGCCUACGUGUCUAUUAGGCAAAGUUUUCGUUCAGUUGUGUUUCGACCGCGCUUUAAAUACAACGCCACGCAAUCACAAAGUUUUCAGUGAAAACUGUCGAAAUAACAGCAUAUCAAAACUUAAAAAGGGUGUAGUGUAGAGUUUAAAUUAAAAAAAAUAUUUAACUUGGCGUUUUGAAUAAUUUUGUUAAAUAAUUAAAAUACAAUUGCUAAACAAAAUACCAUAGUCAAUGAGCUUCUUAUAAGCGCAUACAAUAUACUUUAAACAUUACUGCCACGAAAUAAGAUUUUAAUUUGAAUGAAUGUUUUAAUGUUAUCUGUAUAAGUUAAUUUUUACCUAUACACAACGCCGCUCGGACAUUAUUGAUGAUCUUUUAAUUGGUGAUUGUUAGUCUAGCCCCCUUAUUCAUAAUGGGCCACUUACUGAAAACAGUCGCUAAGGAGUGUUUUUUCUCAUUCUGACUUAGGUGAAUAGAAGAAGACAGAGUGAGAAUUAGCAAUGCUUUAAGUUAGCAGACUAUUAUGAAUAAGGGGGUAGAUGUUUAUAAUACGUUAAUGGGUACGUGGGAGAUAUUUUUGGGUUAUUUAUUAAAAUAUGAAAUGGGUUAUAUUAUUAAUAAUAUUGAUCACCAAAGCUCUUUGCUAUGGAGUCAUUCUCUUGCACGACAAUUUUCAGUUUAGUCCGUGUGCGAAGAGCGUUGGUGAUAAAGUACAUUUAUUACUGUGUAACAGUAAAGUGCGAAAGAGAUGGAAGAUACCGGUAAAUGUAUACCGUGCUUGUGUUCAUUCGGGUGCUUUAUCAGGUUUUGUGUUUAAAUUAAAUAUAAAAUAUAUUGUAAUAGAUGGCAUAAUAUUAUAGUUUCCAUUGUGAUUUGUAUAAAGUAGGUGGUAGGUACGGUGUCAUAUUCUAUCUACUAAUUUCAAUUAUUGAGGAGGAAUUUCGCAUAUAUCGACGCUAAGCAUGUUGAUACAGGCUGUGGCAGUUUUAUUUAUUUUUUAUUUUCCGAGACUGCAUAGCAUAGUCACGGACCGGGGCUGAUUCCCGUCGACCAUCGCAAGAGGUGUUGGCACAGCUGAUGUUAGAAGCAGUGUGAGGCUCCUGUGCAGAGGAUGCCGGCUAGAUUAUGGGUACCAUAACGGUGCCUUUUUCUACCGUGAAGCAGUAAUGUGUCAGAUUUAUUGUGUUUCGGUCUGAAGGGCACAGUAGCUAGUGAAAUUACUGGGCAAAUGAGACUUAACAUCUUAUGUCUCCAGGUGACGAGCGCAAUUGUUGUGCAGAUCAGAAUUAUAGGGUUUAUCAAGAAUCCUGAGCGACACUGCAUUGUUAUGGGCAGGGUUUAUCAAUUACCAUCAGCUGAGUGUCGUACUCGUUUCAUUCCUUUUUGUCAUAAAAAAGCAAGCGCUGUGCUGUCGUCCACAUAACAAUAAGUGCCGCUGAUUUGCAACAUAUCAUUGAUAAGAAAAAGCUUAAAGUUGUAGCACACAGCAUAGCGUGAUAACAACGCUUCGGUCGAAUACAACCUUUGAAGCUCCGAUCAGCUAAAAAGUUAGUGAGUCAUUAGCCAAAUUCCGAAGCCCAAAGGACAACAGAUAUAACGGAAAAACUUUCCAUACCAACCGGUGCAAGAGGUCUGCACUCUGCGCUUAGCAACUGCUGUGUCCCCCGUACCACAAAAUUCAGUGCACGCCGCGAUAAGAUCGCUAACAAUCCCUAAUUGAUAAUGAGAUAUAAUAUGUAUAAUUGAAAGAUCAAAUGCUUUAAAUUAUUAUUUGUUUACAUGGCGUUUAUUUAUUUUUUAUUAGAUGUAUAAAAUUAAAUAAUUUGACAUUCCAAACGUAUAAUUAUGCAUUUUUAUUUCCUACAAGACGUACGUCUCUUUUUUAUUUUAAAUAAAAUAUGAUUGCAAAAUCUUAAUUUCUAAAUUAAUAUGUACAAGUAAGAUGUAUAUAUAAUGUUUCCAUUAAAUAUAUGUAUAUAUGGCUGGACAUAAUGUAAUAAUGCUGAAUAAAAGUUGUGUCAAUAUUAAAUAUAUAAAUACCAUUAAAGACUUUUCAAUUCA